GCCGCGCCCCCUGCGGCCGGCUCAGGAAUGGGGGUGUGGGGCGCAGCAGCUACGACCCUUGGCUGGAAUCCGUGAGGACCAGCCGUCCAGUAUGCUCUGCUCACCGCAUCCCGAGGUGCACUGACCAUGAGCCUCCACUUCUCCCUCAGCUACAGGACGGAGCUGAGCAACCUCACUGUGACGGAGGGUGGUGAAGGGGGUGCCAUCUCUGAGUUCAUCGCCAUCAUCAUCAUCACUGUCCUCGUCUGCCUGGGCAACCUGGUCAUUGUAGUUACCUUGUAUAAGAAGUCCUACCUCCUCACCCUCAGCAACAAGUUCGUCUUCAGCCUGACCUUGUCCAACUUCUUGUUGUCCGUGCUGGUGCUGCCGUUCGUGGUGACUAGCUCCAUCCGGAGGGAAUGGAUCUUCGGCGUGGUCUGGUGCAAUUUCUCUGCCCUUCUCUACCUGUUGAUCAGCUCAGCCAGCAUGCUCACCCUUGGGGUCAUUGCCAUCGAUCGCUAUUACGCCGUCCUGUAUCCAAUGGUGUACCCCAUGAAGAUCACAGGGAACCGAGCUGUGAUGGCGCUUGUCUACAUCUGGCUUCACUCUCUCAUUGGCUGUCUGCCACCCCUAUUCGGCUGGUCAUCGGUGGAGUUUGAUGAGUUCAAGUGGAUGUGUGUGGCCGCCUGGCACCGGGAACCUGGCUACACCGUUUUCUGGCAGAUCUGGUGUGUCCUGUUCCCCUUUCUCAUCAUGCUUGUAUGCUACGGUUUCAUCUUCCGGGUGGCCAGGGUCAAGGCCCGAAAGGUGCACUGUGGCACGGUGGUCACUGUGGAGGAGGAUGCCCAGAGGAGUGGGAGGAAGAAUUCUAGUACCUCCACUUCCUCCUCCGGCAGUAGGAGGAAUGCCCUCCAGGGAGUGGUCUAUUCAGCUAACCAGUGUAAAGCCCUCAUCACCAUCCUGGUGGUCAUUGGCGCCUUCAUGGUCACCUGGGGCCCCUACAUGGUCGUCAUUACAUCAGAGGCACUCUGGGGGAAGAACUAUGUCUCCCCAACCCUGGAGACUUGGGCCACAUGGCUGUCUUUUACCAGUGCCAUCUGCCAUCCUCUGAUCUAUGGACUCUGGAACAAGACAGUUCGCAAGGAGCUCCUGGGCAUGUGCUUUGGGGACCGUUAUUACCGGGAACCCUUUGUGCAGCGACAGAGGACCUCCAGGCUCUUCAGCAUUUCCAACAGGAUCACAGACUUGGGUCUGUCCCCACACCUCACGGCGCUCAUGGCAGGCGGACAGUCCCUGGGACACAGCAGCAGCACCGGUGACACAGGUUUCAGCUACUCUCAGGAUUCAGGCACCGAUGUGAUGCUCCUGGAAGAUGGUACUUCUGAGGACAACCCUCCCCAGCACUGCACUUGUCCACCCAAGAGGAGGAGCUCCGUGACAUUUGAGGAUGAAGUGGAACAGAUCAAAGAGGCUGCCAAGAACUCUAUUCUUCAUGUGAAAGCUGAAGUACACAAAUCCUUGGACAGUUAUGCAGCCAGCUUGGCUAAAGCCAUUGAGGCUGAAGCCAAAAUCAACUUAUUUGGGGAGGAGGCUCUGCCAGGGGUCUUGUUCACAGCACGGACUGUCCCAGGGGCUAGCUUUGGGGGCCGUCGAGGCAGCAGGACUCUUGUGAAUCAGAGGCUGCAGCUACAGAGCAUCAAGGAAGGGAAUGUCUUAGCUGCAGAACAGAGAUGAAAGCUUCAGAGGGGACUGGGGCCGCAGCGGAGCUACUGGUGCUGGUGCCUGUGCCAAGACCUGAAACAUGUCACCACUCAGAGAGGGCCAGGAGCUGGGAAAGAAACAUCUGGCCACAAAAAAAGCCCAAAGAAGCUAAGAGUAACAUGGUAACAGGAGUAAACCAAUGAGUUAACAGAUUCUGACAUCAUUUGAAGAUGUCCCAAGAGCAGCCGAGUCAAGA